UUUUUCUUUCUCCAUUCCUCAUCGUUUGUGCAUUAGACUGUUUGGAUUGAAAAUGACUGAUUCACACAAGAAAAGAAAGUGGGAUCAAGACGAACAUACAGAAUCUCCCGCCUCAAAAGUCACCCGAACGGAUAGUGCCACUCCUGAAGCAGAGACUGCUGACCCAAGUAAAGCUGUUAGUGAAGCGGCUGCUAGAAUUAAUGCCAUGUUGGCGCAAAAAGGCAUGAUGCACGACGACCCAUCUCAUAAAUCAAACACGAGUGCGGCAACAGGUGUAGCCUCCCCUUCACCAGCAAAAGAAGCCAAUCCAUUUGUCAAAGAUAUUCCUAUUAAUGAUUUAAAGAAUCGAUACAUGCUGACCCGAGGGGCUACACAGUCUCAAAUCAAAGAAGAAACUGGAGCAGAUGUUAUCACUCGUGGCAAAUAUUACCCUGACACAUCCUUAGCUACGGAAAAGGAACCUCCACUGUAUCUGCAUGUCACAGCAUCGGAUCAAGAAUCGCUUGAUAAAGCAGUAGCGAAAAUUGAGGAAUUGAUUGAAACAGCUCAAGUGCCAACACCAAGUACUUUUACACCUCAUCACCGUGGAGAACGCGACAGAGAGGAUCAACAGCAUCAUUCACCGUAUCAUAGGGGAGAAUACAGAAGACCCGAAAGAAAAUUCCAUGAAAGAAAGCUAGAAGUCAAAGUGGAUGGAACCCCACCCUUCAACUUGCGUGCCAAGAUUGUGGGCCCUAGUGGUGCCUUUGUCAAACAUAUUCAGCAAGAAUCUGGUUGUAGAGUUCAGCUGAAAGGUAGAGGCUCGGGUUUCCUUGAAACAAGCACGGGUAGAGAAUCCGACGAACCAUUGCAUGUUCAUCUCUCAUGCUCAAGGGAAGAAGGUUUGGAAAUCGGCGCUAAACUGACUCAAGAUUUACUUGAUACAGUCAAAGCUGAAGCUGAGAGAGCUAUAGCUAACCCCUCUGCGUACGGAAGAGGCGGUCACUAUCGCGGUGGUGGCUAUAAUAACGGAUAUUACAACAACAAUAAUUAUGGUGGCUACGGACACGGUAUGUCUCCACCUCCACCUCCUGGAUCAUCGCCCUCUCUUGGCUCAGCUACCCAUACGCCUACUUCUGAUUCAGGUACACCCACUGCAUCAGCUACAGGAGCCACCGGUGAAUAUGAUUAUAGUUCCUACAACAAUUACUAUAACUACUAUGGCCAGCCAUACGAUGCUAAUGCUUACUACAACUAUUAUGGAUAUGGUGCUGCUACUGCUGCUGCUGCUGUCCCACCUGCCCCUGCUGAUUCUGCAGAUGGAGCUGCUCCACCUCCUCCACCGCCUCCCCCUUCAGAACCAGCACCAGGUGGCAGCGACGCUAUUCCACCACCACCUCCACCUCCACCAUCGGAUGAUCCUACGCCUCCACCCCCACCUCCACCUUCCUCCUGAAUAGUAGUGGUGUUUGAUAUGUUGCAAAAGGGAAGGGAACAAAAGGACAUAUGUGAAAUCAGUUGCUAACUUUAUGCUUUAGAAAAGAACAAUGAAAUCGAAUGAUAAUACACUAUAGAUUUUUUUUUUUUCUGGUUUGACCAUAUUCUAUACACUCUGCUGUCUCUUUUUUCACAAAUAAGAAAAGCCAAAAAAAAAACCAAAAAAAAAACGAGUCUGUGCUGCUCAAUAAAACUCAGAAGCGUGCAAAGUCAUAACUGC